UUGCCUCUGAGAGAGCCGAAAUCACCCGUUAACCAGAGUGUUUUGAGGAAAGCCAGAACCAGGAUGGCCUCUGUUAAAACGGACGACAGACUGACGAGGUCUCAGGGCUUUUUGUGUGUCGGUUUCGCCGGAUUUUUCAGCAAAACCGUCACGUCACCUUUGGAAGUGGUUAAAAUUAAAAGCCAGGUGGGCACUUUUCACUCUAAACGGGGUUUUUGGCAAAGUUUUCUUCUCAUCUACCAGAAUGAAGGGUUUAAAGGAUUUUGGAAGGGGAAUCUCUUUUCUUGUCUCCGGUUGUUUCCUUACUCUGCAGUCCAUCUGACAACAUAUAAAAAGAUAGUCCACCUUCACAUGGAUGAACUGGGCUUCAUCUCUCAGUGGAGGGCCAUAUUCGCAGGUGGACUGGCAGGUGUUGCCGCUGCCCUGGUCACGUAUCCUCUGGAAGUGGCAGAGACCAGGCUCAUUGUUCAGAACUGCAGAGAGCCCACAUACGUUGGCGUCAUUCACACUCUCUCAAAGAUCUCCAGGAGUGAAGGGCUGCUUGCUCUCUAUAGGGGCUUUUCCCUCACUGUCUUGGGUGCAUUUCCGUUUUCUGUUGGAUGCUAUGCGGUCUACAUGAACUUGGACAAGCUGUGGCAGGAGCCUCCUUCUCGCUUCUCCUCCCUCCAGAACUUCAUUAAUGGUUGUCUUGCAGCAGGAGUGGCUCAAACACUCUCCUACCCUUUUGAAACUGUGAAACGGAAGAUGCAGGCGCAGAGUGCCCGUCUCCCCCAUUUUGGUGGAGUUGAUGUUCAUUUCAAUGGAGUGGUCGACUGUUUCAUACAGGUGGUCAGAAACAAGGGCGUCCUCUCACUCUGGAACGGUCUUACCGCUAACACAAUAAAGAUUGUUCCUUACUUUGGCCUUCUCUUCACCUGCUUUGAGAUGUGUAAGCAGGUUUGCCUUUACCGCAACGGGUACAUCAUCUCACCUCUGAGUUACAAGCUUACUCCGGGGGUCGACCAGAGCCUAGGGCCGAACGAGCUUCAAGAAGUGAAGCGUUACUUGAGAAACAGGAACUUUGGGUCAGGAGAGUCGUCUUUUGGAAACCGCUGGUGAAACUUCAAAUGAGAGGAUGUCUCGUGAAAAGCAUCAAAUCUUGCACUCACUUGACCGACAGAGUCCAAAUGGGUCAUAAAUAUUCAUUGGACUUCAGAGUCAAGUAACAAUUACAUAACAUUGUUUUCCCAGUGUUAUAUCUCCAUUACAGCAAUUAACACAUGUUCACUGUAUCUUGUUGCAGCAACAGCCUACCUCUUUCAGAACACUGUUAUUUUAUCUGACAGUAUUGUAAAAUGGUUUGUUCACUCAACCAUGAUGUAUUUCCAUGACUGUCUUUAACUUAAUAUUAUGUGCCUUGAGCGUUACUUACUUAUUUUGGGGCUUAUUCAGUUAUAGCAACAAUCAUGUAGUACUACAGUGUAUUCACAUGCAGUAGGCUGAAAAUGCUCUUUCAUGUCUUGAACUAAAAUUUGAGCAUCAUGAAUGUGUAAUAUUGUCGUAUUAUAUGCAAUUUUGUGUGAUAGAUUCUAUUUUUAAUGUAUAAAAAAGCAAAAUGUUGAUUUUGAUGAGAGAAAGGUGCAUGAAACAUUAAAAUGGCUUUUUA